AUGGAGGCUCUGCUGGGCACCGGCCAGUCGAACCCGACCUGCGGUUCGCUGGCCGACCUCCAGGAGCAACUCCGGCAUCUUCUUCAGAGUCGCGUGACCGAAACUCGCGCCGAACAUAUUUCGGUGGCAUUCGAAGUCCGAGCGACCGCGAUUUUUGACAUCCCUGUGACCGGCGUCGAAAAUGACCUGCUCGGGAACCCCUCGAACAUCGACCCGUCGCUGGGCGGGUCACGGUCGAGCGCUGCUGCGCCAGCCAUCAACGGUAGUGCGGGACAGCCGACCCGACGAGUCAGCGCCAUCGACGCCCUGAUCAACCAGCCCGUGGACGACCCGGUGUUGCAGACUGCGAUUGCCAGGCAGAUCAUAUCGUCGGUGGGCGAGGCCGACUCGAGCAACUGGGCAGUGCGGCAGGUCUCGCGCGCUGAGCAGAGUUGGACGUUUGCCUACAUCUGCAAGGAUUCCUGGGAGGCCUGGAACCGUCAGGCGUCGAAGACACCCGCGAAGACGCUCAUCGGGGAGUGGAGCGGGGAGGGUGGGCAAGAUCCCGUUCAUAUGGCACGUCCGGCCUUUGACUGCCGCGGAUCCGUCAAGAUCGCCUUCGUCAAGGCGACGAAAACGAUCAACGUCAAAUACGAGCACACUCCCAUGCACAAGACGGUGGGGCAGCUGAUGGAACUCCUUGCGCCGCCACCUGUUGCACCAAUCGUGAAGAAGACACCCGUCAGGAAGGCCAAGGAAGCAAAGACGCCAAAAGAAGCGAGACCACCGAAGGAACCGAAGCCCAAGACGCCAAGGUCCUCCAAGAAGCGGGCAGAGGUGAACGGCGUCCCGGGCGGAGAAGGUUCGCAAUCAACGAAGAGGCGCAAGAGGGAUCCCCUGGGCCCGGCCGGGAUGCCCGUCCUACCUCCGGAAAUGCCGGGUGCCCUGCCCCAACAACAACAACAGCAGCAGCAGCAGCAGCAGCAACAACAACAACAACAACAGCACCAGCAACCCGGGACUGGCUCGAGCGCGUACCCCGACGGUCUUGUCAACGCCGCGGACGAUGCGCAGGCCGCAGCACCUGCUGACGUCGAGGAACAUGCGCGCUCUGUCCUCAACUUACCUCCAGGGGAGGCGGCAAGGCGGCGAAAAGUCGCCAUCAAGCUGCUCAAUGACAACAACAUUGACCCGCAGUCUCUCACCGCAGAGCAGUUCAAUAUCUUUGCCAACCAGUCCCCCGAGCUGCAACAAGACUCCCUGGCAAUGUUGAUCAAAUACGGCGCCGAGAGACUGCGCAUAGUUCAUCCCAGUAGUAAGGAUGGGUCGGGCCCUGGACAGUCGACUCCCAGCAAGCCGGCCACUCCUGGCCAGGCGGAGAAUACGCCACAGGCGGCAAGUUCCAAACAAUCGCUGAUGAAUUCUAAUGGAGGAACUGUAGAAGUGGGCGAGACACAGAGUCCCGGGCUCACAGGAGCGAAGCCUAGGAGGCGCAUCUGUGAAGGGUGCCGCCUUCGGAAGUAUAGGGGCAAGUGCGACAAAGCGAGGCCGUCUUGCAACAUGUGCCUCGCUGAGGGCGUCGCAUGCACUUAUGCUCCUACGAGGCCGAGGAAAAGCAAGACCGCCGAGACUGAUCCGGAAGCCCCUGAGAGGGCUCAACAAGCAACGCCGAACGGAGGGCAAGGUGGCGUGAGUUCGUUGGGAUUGCAUACAGCAAAUCCAGCUUCCCAGUCGCCCGGUGUGCCGUUUGGCCAUUCGGUGAACGAAGCAGCUCCGGGCCAAGAACAUUACGAAGAGCGUCUUCAGCAGACUGCAACCAUGACCGUUUCGGGCUCGACCACCCAUAAUCAGCCCGAGACUCCCUCCGACGUAUUCCAUCAAGCCCAAGACAUCUAUCAACACCCGUCCGGCUUGAGCUUCCCUCAGGCCCACACCACUAGUACCGCGGAAACGGCCCAACCAAGCAUUUCGUCCGCCUCCGUUGAGCCCACUUCUACGGACUGCAUGCCGACCUCGGUACCAGAGGCUCCCCAUGCCGCAUUCCACGGCUUUGCCUACCCUCAGCCCUCUGCGAACCAUGAAAGCAUCGCAGCCUACGCAGAACAAGUGGCUCCAGCUGCUCAGCAGGGCCGUCAUGGGGCCGGGGGAUCUCAGCCUACGGCACGGCGCAGCCUCCCGACCGAGCAGGUUGCCCACGGGAGUGGGACGAAUGUCGCCGCAAUGGAUGGCUCUCAGAACACUUGGCAGUCCAUGUCUAGCACAUCAAGCCAAGCAAGCAUGCCCUCCCCCGAACAGGCUAGGUCUAAGAAGCCGGCGCCUGUCUCACAGGCGUACGAUGACUUCCGACAGCAGCCGGCUUCGAACUGGGGAAACGCCAGCCAGUCCAUACCAGCACACCCAGCCGGCAACCCCCAGGCCCAAACCAGCACUCAACCUCCACGCGCCAAGUCGAGGCAAAAUAAUCGGGCAUCUGCUGCUGCCACUCAGCAACCCGCCUCGACCCAAAGCCAUACCUACGACAACCAGUACCAGCGUGGUGGCUCCCAACCCGAGCCUUCAAGUGACCAUAUCCCAUACCAGCCAUAUCCCAACCCAGCUUCCAAUCAACCAAGUUCAUUUUCAUCAUCUGACAAUUACAAUGCUCAAGUGUCAUAUGGCGCAUCGUCCACGUACUCAGCGACGGGGUCCCAGAACGUGGCCUCUUCGUAUCCAUCCAAUCCGGGUGCGACAACCAGCGCCGCGCAGUGGGGGACUCCGACGUCAACGCCUCAACCUAGAAACACGCAUGGGUACGAGGCAACCCAAUCCAGCGCCAGCAGCAGUGCACCGUACAAUGGUGGUGCUUCGAAUCCCAGGACAUCGCUGGGUUUACGAGGCUCCAGCAUGCGGCCACAGCCGACUCGAGCUGGAGGCCCGUCAACGGCCUACAGCCAACAGCAACGGCAGCAGCAGCAGCAACAACAACGGCAGCAACAACAGCAACAGCAACAGCAACAGCAACAGCAACAAAGGCAGCAGCACGGACAACAAUAUCUCCCACAAUCGCAACCGCAACAGGCCUAUCAUGGUUACAUGACCCAUAUGAGCCACCACCAGCAGCAGGCCAGCAGCGGCAGUUACCAGAACAGGGGGUUUGGCUUCGGGGCGACAGCAGCGAACAGCGCAUCCUCCGGCUACAACAAUUCGGCAGCAGGCGGCGGCAGCGGCGCCGCCGCCAAUGCCUAUUCUACCGCACCUGGCGCGUCGGGCGGGCACGGGCAUAGCAGCCACGCACAGCAGGCGCGACAUCACAACACUUCAAUGAACCUGACGAACCACGCAUACAGCAGCAGUAUCGGCGGCGGCGACCCAGCGCUGUACGAGCUGCUCAGAAACAACCCGGCCGGAUAG